AUGGAUUCCUUUACCAUCUACCUUCUCACCUUCAACUGCGCGCGGAACCCCGUCGAUGUCGACCGCUUCUCCCGACAUUUCUUCGAUGCCUUGCCCCUCACCGAUGAUUCCAGCUCCUCCGCAGCCCCCGACUUUAUCGUGCUCUCCCUGCAAGAAAUCGCUCCAAUCGCAUACGCAUUCCUUGGAGGCUCGUUCCUGGCUCCGUACUUCUCAUCUCUGACACAAGUGGUGGAUCGCGCGGUGGCCCAACGCUGGGAUGUCCAUUACGUCAACCUUCUGACCGACAACUCUGGCAUGACAGGGUUAAUGGUCUUCGCUCGGUCGGACGUGGCCGGACAUGUUUCGUCUGUCGAUACGGCCCGCGUAGGCUUUGGUGUUCAAGAGAUGGGCAACAAGGGCGCCGUGGGGGCACGGGUUGCCUACACAGCCGCGAAUCCGGCCGAGGAACCAAUAGACCUCACCUUUGUCGCUGCGCACCUCGCCCCCAAGGAACAUGCGGUCGAGCGGAGAAAUGCUGACUGGCGCAGCUUGGUUGAAAGACUGGUCUUUCGCUGCUCGCCCUCUGCGGAUCGGGAAAUUGGCGAAAGGGGCAACGGGUCGGAAAAUGCGCCCUUGCUACAUGAAGGGCAGCGGGGCAUCUAUAUGUCUACGAGCUACCUGUUCCUAGCGGGCGACCUCAAUUACCGUACCUCCAGUGUAUCGCCACGGCAAGAUGACCAUAGCCGAUUCCCGCGCGCGAAUGUAGACCCUUCCGACCCUCAACACUACUCGCACUUUUUCAAACAAGAUCAGCUUUCCCGCGAAAUGGGCCAGUCUCGGUGUUUCCAUGGUCUAUCAGAAGCCCCGAUUACCUUCCCUCCGACAUACAAAUAUACGUUGGCAGCACGCCAGGCUGCAAGUGAUUCGACAGCGGAUGAUGCAAGUCUGAAUUGGCAGUGGACGAGUACCCGCUGGCCCAGUUGGUGUGACCGUGUGUUGUAUCUUGAUUCCCCACCUGGCAUGAGCAAACAAGGUCAGGUCAGACCUUUGAAGUAUGAUGCUCUGCCGUUGUUUCCAACUUCUGACCAUCGCGCCGUCGCCCUGACUGUAUCUAUCCCUGUGCAGUCAGUGCGCCUAGAAGAUGCGGCGCAGCCGGAUCCACCCUUCCUGAUCGACCCGGAAUGGGAGACUAAACGCGAUAUAGCGCGGAGAAAGGAGCUUGUGGUGGGCUGUUUGGCGUAUUUGGCCGGGACCUGGGAGGGAAACGGCCUGUUGCUCGCAUCGACCGUAGGAUUUUUGGGGGCAUGGCUCGUGCUUCGAUCGUUGUUUAACGUCUGA